AAUUCCAACCUUGAAUGGUUAGAAAACCCACCAAAUUCAAGAAACCGUCCAGAUGAAUUCAAGUACGAAAUCCAAAAUAUCUAAAUUUGAAGCUUUAUUUGGAGAAAAAAUGGAAAAGAUUUUCAAUAGCUUUUUUGAGCUGGUGAAUUUUGGACCUCACCGAAUUCUCUGGUUAAGAUUCAUCCAACUUCAAAUCUCCCACAGCUCCCCACUUUCCUCCUUUCCCUCACACAAUUCCCAAACAUAAUAAUCUAAGAGCUCUAAUUCGGAGCUAUCUCACAUACCCAUUUCAAAUCUCUGGCGGAAAAUCAUUGAAGGGGUUUCGUUUUUGUUUCUCAAAUCGACUCACAGACGAGGGUGGUCGAUUUUGAUUAGCGUAUUUCCUCUGGUUUCAUCUUUCUGUAAGGAUGGUGGGAGCUUUAUCUAUGGUGGGUUCUUCAGUAGUGGAUUCUCAUAGCUCCCCUUGUUUGUGUUUGGAUGCUUUGCCCACAACCAGCAUCAAUCUCAAAAGUUGUGGGGAUUUUGUAAUGAAAAAGAAAUAUUCAAAGGGUCGACAGCGUUUGCCGAAACCCAAGCACUUAGAUCUAAGCAGCUCGUUUGUCGAUAAUGGCCGGGAGUGGCUGCUCUCGGUUGAUAUGAUAAAUAGGAGUUCGAGGAAGCAGACCAAAAAUAGAAGACUUAUGGUUGUUGAUGAACUUGGGGGGCAGUAUGAAGAUAACUUUGAUGAUGUUAAAAUGCAAAUGCUUAAUUAUUUUACAUACAAAGCUGUGAGGACUGUUAUGAACCAGCUGUAUGAAAUGAACCCCCCACAGUACAGGUGGCUUUACGAUUUCGUGUUAAACAACAAGCCAACAGAUGGAAAGCAUUUCAUCCGCAGGCUUGUAAAGGAACAGCAAGAUCUUGCUGAAAGAGUAAUGAUCACACGUCUCCACCUCUAUGGAAAAUGGGUGAAGAAAUGUAACCACGCCGAAAUAUACCAAGAGAUCUCGGAUGAAAACGUGGAAUUAAUGCGAGAACGACUUAUGCAGACUGUUAUAUGGCCUUCAGAUGACACAAACACAGAGAAGAUUGGCUAAAGAAAAUAUCGAGUCAUUUUGAGUUCUCUCUUCCUUGACAUUCUUAUUGUAUUGCAUCCUUCAAUCCUAAUUAGUUUGAUUGUCGAGUUGCCAAUCUUAUUCUCACUGGUUAAGAAGUAGAAAAUCAGUGCUGCAGUCUUUUUUUUUUUGGUUGAAGGUAUGUAUGUAAUCAAUCAUUAUAUAAUGUAAGAUGUAUAUUCAUUUAGCCUCCAUUUUAGUUAUUGUGAAGGUAUAAUGUAGAGCUGGGAUUUCUUCUGUGUGCUUCUAUUUAUUCAUAUGCAUAUUGGGAUGAAAGGAUA